CAUGGCCAUCCGCCGAGCAAUCUCAGAGCCGGGCCAGGGAAGGUCCUGGUCCAGGUUUCUCCUGGCCCUGUACGCUCUGCACGCGCUUCUGCUCGCUUCCGUUCGCGCCGAGCCGGUACAGUACUGUCGGUUCGGCGAUCCCGCCAGGCCCAACGCGGCGGCCGACUUCUGCCUCGGCCUCGCCACGUCGCGCAACGCGAGCACGGGCGCGCACGACGUCUACAUGACACUUACGCACACGCGGCCGCGGCGGUCAGCCGCGGGCUGGACUGCCGUCGGCACCGGCGACAGCAUGACCGGGUCGCUCAUGUUCAUCAUCUACGGCGACCCGGCGUCGGGGGAGCAGCCCAUCGUCAGCGUCCGCGCAGCCACCGGCCACCAUCAGCCGCGGCUGCUGACGCGGGCGCAGAUGAGCGGCGGCGACCUGCGCGUACUGCGGUCCGACUGGAUGCCGGCCACAGCAUCGCAGUCCGUGACGGCCUCCAUCUCGCUCGUAUGCUACUCGUGCACCCUGUGGCCGGGCGACGGCGGCGGCAGCGGCACUCUCUCGGCAACGGCCACGGCGCAGCCGUGGAUCUGGGCCUGGAAUCAGGCCCAGGCCUUCGACGUCUACAGCUACGACGCGCACCUGCGCAUGCACGCACAUCACGCCGGCAACGGCGGCUGGGGCCGCUUCUACGUCGACAUGGCGCGCGCCGACCAGAGCGCCGGCGCCCACCUGCCCUCGGUGCCCGUCAUCCGGCCGGGAGUCGCCGCCCUGGGCGCUUCGGAGCUCCCCCCGGGUCUCGGCCUCGCGGGCUGGAUGGCAGGAAGUCCCGUGCUCCGGCUUCAUGGCGGCCUGAUGGCGCUGGCCUUCCUCGCGGCCUUCCCCGCCGGCGUCGUGGCCAUGCGCUCCGGUUGGCGCCGCGCCUUCACAUACCACUGGAUGCUGCAGGCCCUGGCCUCGGCGGCCGUGGCCGGCGGUGUCGCGGCCGGGCUGGCGCUGCAGCGCGAAAUCAACACGGCGCAUCAAGUGCUCGGCCUCGCGCUCGCGGGCGCGCUAGGCCUGCAGGCGUACCUGGGCUGGAAGCAUCACGUCGACUUUGUGCGCGUUCGGCGGCGCACCUACAUAUCGUAUGCGCACAUAUGGACUGGCCGGGCCGUCAUGCUUGGCGGUCAGGCAAAUUUGCUCCUGGGCUUGCUCCUUCACGGUGUCGCCGGUCUACACGUUGGCCUCGUGGCCGCCUUCAUCGUCCUGCAGUCGUCGCUGCUGGCGGUAUGGCUCCGACGCCGGGCCAAGGCGGCCGAGGCACGGGCGCGGGUCGCCAAGUAUGACGCGUUGGAGGCCCAUGACGAUGAGGAUGAGGAAGAGGAGUCCGCGUUCGUGAUUGCAAGCCCGGAGGAGAUGGAUAUUGGUGAGGAGGGAAUGGACCUUAGCAAAGAGAUGGAAUAAAUUAACGCGACUUUCAAUGACGUCAGCGACCCACUUUCCGGUACCCCACCCCAACAGAAACAGAACCAGAAACAGAAACAACCAUCGCAAUUUGUCCCAUCGACCGCGGCAUGGCUCCAGACCCACUUCAAUCUCCGCACCACAAUCACGUGGCUAGAACACAAGACGCAAUAACAUUUACCCCAUGUUAUUUUCUAUGGCAUCACCACUAAAUUCAUCAUCAUCAGUUAUGUCACAAUGUCUUCUUAUGAUUCUAAUGCCUUCGAUGCCUCCGAUGCCUCCGGCGCCACCUCCGUACGGGAUUGUGUAGAGGUACACCCUUCCGACCUGGCCGUCGCCUGUACCUAAAAUUACCUGCUAGAACGGUGCAAUAACAGCACCGUCCGGCCUAACAAAGCUCCUGUUAAAGUAGACAAUGCCACAACCCAAUCCAGAUGAAAGUGAGGCGGUC